AGUUUAAAAGUGUAUUAUUGUUGUUAUACUUUAUACAGUGAUAUUUUAACAAAAAAUGGGGAAAAGCUGCAUUUAUUCUAUAGCUUGAUUGAAGGUUGGAUUAAUAAAAACAGCUAAGAAAUGAAAUUAAAAGCAAAACAACAGUUGUUAAUAUUAUUUCUGAGUUCUUUAGCAGUAUUAAUUUUGACUUUAAAUAAGAAAGCAUAACAAAAUGGCAACCAUUAUUACUGUACAUUAUAAGCAGGAAUAUAUAUUAAGAUGAAAAAUGACAAUCACAAAAUUCGGUGUGCGCCAGAGAAUACUGGUAUUAGUUUAUCAAACCCAGAUGAAGUGUUGUUUGGAAAACGAGCCAAACAGAGAUUACCUGUUCUUGCUAUAAUGUGUUCUUUUGUCUCGUUCUCAAUAUUUGCUCCAAUUUUUGUCACCUAUACUCCAAAACAUUACUGCAAGUCAAACAGCUGGAACACCUCCAAUGGAAUCAAAGUUAAUGGAAAUGUGACAAAAUGCCACAGAUUAUCCUGGAUUUCCAAUAGUACUGAAAUGGAAAACAUCACUCUGUACGAAUAUGAAUCGUGUCCUGGUGAGUUGGUAUACGAUAGGAGUCAAGGCAACAGUAUGACAAUUGAGUUCAAUUUAGUUUGUGAUUCAUCAUGGAAAAAACCUGUUGUGGCAUCAUCAAUCUUACUGGGAUAUUUCAUUGGUUCUAUAAUAGGUUCUCCAAUUUCUGAUAGGUAUGGAAGAAAGACAAUAUUGGUUGCAUCGAUUAUAAUUUACGCCAUUUCCAGUUUGUUCUGCUCAUUUUCAGUUUCUUUCCUAAUGGUGUUAAGCAGUCUUUUGUUUGUUGGUAUCAGUACACUCAUUAUGUACUACACCGCAUUUAUUUUAGCACAGGAGAUGGUGCCUGUCAAUAAAAAGGCAAUUGCAGCUACUGCCAUGAAUUUGGGUUACAUUUCUGGGUAUCUAUUUCUCACUUUAAGCUUCUAUCUUAUUCGAGACUGGAGAUGGCUGUAUCGUCUCACUUCAAUUAUUUCUGCAGUUUAUUUCAUCCCUUUUUUAUGGUUUGUUCCUGAAUCACCAAAGUGGCUGCUCAAUAAUAAAUCGAAACAAAAUUCAACAACUUUUAAAACUAAGAAGUUGCAAGACCUUGAAGAUAAAGAUGUUAACACCGGACAGUUGGACAGCAGGGUCCGCAGAUGCUGCCGUUUCAAAUUGUUACAAAAUUCAAUUCUUGUCAAACGCUGUGCUUUGAUUUGCCUUAUGUGGAUUGUAUGUAACCUUGGUUUCUACAUACUCAACUUAAACACUUCUAACUUGGGUGGAAGUAUUUUUGUCAACAGUCUGGUUGUUGGUUGUGUGGGAAUGGCCUCCUACCUAUGCGCUAUGGUCUGGCUAAAAAAAGUUGGAAGAAGAAAAUCAUUUGCAUGCUCACUAACACUAUCCUCAAUAUUUUGUAUAUGUAGCCCUUCCAUGAAAAUAGUUCACAUAACAGCUGGAAUGGUGUUUUCCAUGGUGGGAAUACAUUUCAUGACCACUAGUAUUAGUAUAGCAGUAGUUUGGGCAGGUGAACUGUUUCCAACUUCACUUAGAAACAGCUACUUAGGCCUAGCUUCUCUUUCGUCUUCUGUGUUUACGAUUGCCACUCCAUUUGUUGUAUAUGCUGGAGAGGAAUUAAGCUACUCUAUUCCAUUCUACAUUGCUGGCUGUUUGGGAGCAGUGACAGUAGUCCUAUCUCUUCUGCUUCCUGAAACAUUAGAAACUGAUCUACCAAACACAACGGAAGAAGCCAUGGCUUUGGAAAGCAAAAGAAUGAAGAUAUUCCAACAACUGAGGUUCGGAAAAGCUUAAUACAUAUGGAGCAGUCUGUGUACAACUUCAAGCAUUUGCAUUAUACUAAAAUUGAAUGCCAUUUGAAAACUGUGCAUAUUUGUUCGGCGCCAUAGCACAGUUGAUUGGCAUGCUGGCCUCCAACCCAAAGGUAAUGGGUUUAAGGCCCGUCGUUGCUACCAGUACACGCAUGUGUCCUUUGGCAAGACACUUAACUGCAAUUGCUUGAAUUCAAUAGUCACUAAUGAGUUAUCCAAAUUAUCAGCCACACAUAAAAAAACUCCACCACAAAAUAACAUACUUGGUAACUCGUAAGCUGGCCUGAGGUGUGUAAAGUGAGAAGUUACAUAUGAAUAAUGCUGAGUUCAGGAAGUUGUGUUCAGAGGCAUAAGCAAUCCCAAAUAUUUAUGGUCUGAACGACCAUACCAAUUGACUUUAUAUUGUUAAUGUGAAUUAUUGUGGAAAAAAUAUUAUUGGAUGUCUUAUUUAACUGUUAGAAUUUUUCUAUCACCUUCCAUCUAAAUUGUGAAUUCUAAAACACUCUCUUAAUGUUAGCAUUUAUUUACUUAGAACUUUUGCGAUCAAUACACCAUUUCGCAGCU